UCCUGACACCUCCCCACCACGUGGCGGCGAUCGCUUGGCUCGGAUCCUGGCUCGGAUGAGGCUGCGCCACUCUCUCUCUCUCCUCUUCUUGUACGCUUCUUCUCCUCUCUAUCUUCUUCCUCUGCUACUCUCACUCUCUCUCUCUCUAUACUGUACAUUUCUAGACUGGUGAUGCUUCGAUGGAGAUAUUAAGGUACUUUUCAGCAAUUCCUUUUCUCUUUCGCAUGCGCACUUCGGCCUCUUGGUGAUGCUACUGUGUGUGUUCGAACCUUUUCUGCGUCAUCUAUAAAUGGUGUCAAUUGACGACGGUUCGGAUUUUGUGUUUCGGUGAUCGUGACGAUUAUUGGGACGGAGAUGCUUGAUCAUGCGUUGAAUCAUGUGGUCGUAUUCCGCUUGUACCCCUGACAUUCGUAAUAAAUGGGAAAUUGCACUGUAUCACUGCUGCUUUUGUGAUAUCUUAGAUAAGAAUACUGCUGUAAAUGGGGGGAGCCUGUUCAAGAAAGCGUGAUCAACAGGCUAACGACGAUAACCUCAACAGAGGAGUAUCCGGGCGAUAUACUAAAAGUGGGAGCUCAAAAUGGCUUGGGACCUCAUUUCUUAGAGCUUCUAUGGAUGCUAGCCAGGGGAAACAAAGAUGCCCGACGCUUAUGGAUUUGUGCAUAUACAAAAUUAGGGAGGACAUAAACAAAUAUAGCACCUUCUCCAUGCUGCCAAGGGAUAUAAGUCAGCAGAUUUUUGAUGAUUUGGUCUGUUCUCAAUGCCUGACUGAUACUUUACUUGAAGCUUUUCGGGAAUGUGCUCUUCAGGAUCUUAAUUUGGGAGAGUACCCAGGAGUUGAUGACGGUUGGAUGGACAUUGUAUCUUCUCAGGGUUCGUCUUUGCUCUCUGUGGAUCUUUCGGGUUCAGAUGUUACUGACUCUGGGUUAACUUAUCUCAAAGAGUGCACGAGUCUUCAGGCCUUGAAUCUCAAUUAUUGUGAUCAGAUUUCGGACAAGGGUCUUGAACAGAUCAAUGGUCUGUCAAACCUGACUACUCUUAGUUUUAAAAGAAACAACUUGAUUACUGCCCAAGGGAUAAGUUCUUUGUCUGGCUUAAUCAAGUUGAUAAAGUUGGAUCUGGAGAGAUGUCCAAGGAUCCAUGGAGGACUUGCUCACCUAAAAGGACUCGCAAAGCUUGAAAUGCUGAAUGUCAACUGUUGUAAUUGCAUCACCGAUGCUGAUAUGAAGGCUAUCUCAGGCCUGACAAGCUUGAAGUCAUUACAAAUUGCAUCCAGUAAGGUUACUGAUAAUGGUGUAGCCUUUCUAAAAGACUUGAAGAAUCUCAUUCUUUUGAACAUGGAGGGUUGCCCUGUCACUGCUGCAUGCUUGGAGUCACUUUCAGUUCUUGGUGCAUUACAAUAUUUAAACCUUAGCAGAUGUUAUUUGAUGGACAAUGGAUGUGAAAACUUUUCAAAGAUGCAAUCUCUGAAAGUGUUGAAUUUGGGGUUCAAUGACAUCUCAGGUGCAAUUUUAGUGCAUCUUAAAGGUCUUAUAAAUUUGGAGAGCUUAAACCUUGAUUCUUGCAGGAUUAAAGAUGAAGGGAUUCUUUACCUUGCAGGUUUAACCCGUCUAAAAUUUUUGGAGUUAUCUGAUACUGAAGUUGGAAGCAGUGCAUUGCGCCAUCUUUCUGGGCUAGUUAAUCUGGAGAAUUUAAAUCUAUCAUUUACUGUCGUUACUGAUGGUGGCUUGAGAAAGUUGUCUGGCUUAUCAUCUCUCAAGUCCCUCAAUCUUGAUGCACGUCAAAUUACAGAUGCUGGUCUUGCUGCUCUUACGAGUCUGACUGGGUUGAUGCAUCUUGAUCUUUUUGGAGCACGGAUUACUGAUUCUGGAACCAAUUAUCUCCGAGCAUUCAAGAAGCUACGCUCUCUGGAGAUCUGUGGUGGAGGAUUAACUGAUGCUGGAGUGAAGAACAUUAAAGAUCUUACAUCCUUGACACUGUUAAAUCUAUCCCAGAACAACCUCUUGACAGAUAAGAGUUUGGAAUCAAUUUCUGGACUUGCACAACUUGUUUCGUUGAACGUGUCCAACUCUCGGGUGACAAGUGCUGGUUUGCAUCAUUUGAAGUCUCUUAAAAACUUGAAGUCGCUUACAUUGGAGUCGUGCAAGGUGACCGCCAAUGACAUCAAGAAGCUUCAGGCGACGGAUCUCCCCAACCUGGUGAAUUUCAGGCCAGAAUAGUGCCCGCACAUGCACCGGGCAAGGGUCUGCAUUUGGCUGAAAUAAAGCUUAUAAGUUAUCAUGAAAAUGAAUUGUACAUAAUUUGAAGUUUGUUCUGAACAUCAUGUGAAGAUGUCUAGCCUAUCUUUGAUAGAUGGAAAUGUAUAUAUAUAAAGUAACAAACUCUGGAGAAAUGUUGCGUAACACGUCUUAUGUAAAUAUUUGAUAUUCGUAAUGUAUAUCUUUCACGUUCAUGCUA